AUGCAGCCCGAGUCUGCUAUGACUCAUGUUAAACGGCAAAAGGAUUUGGACAUGUACAAAGGCAUCGACGCCAGGAACCGAGAAUUUGGGGUCGCUGAAAGAUGGUCGGACAACAGCGUAUUCUCGAAUCGCGCCUAUUUCAUGCUGGACAAGCAACCGGCGCAACUAGGCGUCGAGAACACGAGAGAAGAGGACGCCGGUAUCUACAGAUGUCGUGUCGAUUUUCAAAUUGGCCAGACGAGAAACUCCAAAGUCAAUUUAACAGUUAUUGUACCACCGCGCAAGAUCACGAUUGUCGACGAAAACGAGAACAGACGGGACACGAUGGUCGGACCGUAUAUGGAAGGCGCUAACUUAAGGCUCUUUUGCGACGUCCAUGGCGGUAAACCGGCCCCAAUGGUGUCUUGGUAUCGCAACGACAGAUUCAUCACCAAUCGGACCACAACGCCAAACAGCGGUGUGACACGCAGCGAGAUCGUUGUACAGAACUUAAGCCGGGACGACGUUCAUUCGGUGCUGACCUGCAACGCCACGAACAACAAUAGGUCGAUUCCGCUGUCGUCAUCAGUUCGCGUGGACAUGCGUUUCAACCCCUUGGAAGUGAAAAUAAUUGACGGAAACCGACCGCUGUCGGCGGGCAAGAAAUACGACCUGGUAUGCACAACUUCCGGUUCCAGACCACCAGCUAGCGUCACCUGGCGAAGGAACGGUCAACGCUUAGUGGAUUCCAAGGAGACCACCUCCGUCGAUGGGAACACGACCACCAGCGUUUUAUCUUUCAUGGCGACGAAAGCAGACGCAGGCAGACACUUGUCGUGUCAAGCUGAAAAUCGAAUCAUGGGAAUCGCGCCGAUAGAGGACGGCUGGGUACUCCAGAUACAAUAUACGCCAGAGACGCAGAUCCAGCUCGGCACGUCGCUGAAUCCUAACACCAUACGCGAGGGCACGGACGUCUACUUCGACUGUCUUAUACAGGCCGAGCCAUCGGUGUACAAAGUGGAAUGGCGACAUCAGGGCAAGGCACUCCAUCACAACAUCACGCAGGGCAUUAUAAUCAGCAAUCAGAGUUUAGUGCUGCAGGGAGUUGAUCGUAAAAGCGCUGGCAAUUACACGUGCGUGGGAUACAACACUGAGGGUGACGGCGAAAGCUCGCCCUUUUAUCUGAACGUGAUGUUCGCCCCUACGUGCAAGCCGAACCAGACGAAGGUCCACGGUGUAGCGAAACAGGAGAAGGCGAAUAUAUCCUGCCAAGUGGAUGCAAAUCCGCCGGAAGUGCAAUUCAAGUGGACCUUUAAUAACUCCGCCGAGAGUAUCGACGUUGCGGCCGGUCAUAUCGCGCGAGCUGGCACAUCCUCCAUCGUCUCAUACACACCAAUGACGGAAUUAGAUUACGGCACGUUACUCUGCUGGGCCAGCAAUCACAUCGGGCAACAACAAGUGCCCUGUGUAUAUCACAUUAUACCGGCGGGUAAGGGAUCUCUGCAUUCAUAUCAUAUUUCGCGAAAACGCGAAGCGACGUAUCUGCCGAUACGCAGAGUGAAUUUUCGAUUUAGACCAGAAGAUUGA